CUCUGAGACGCCGGAAAUUGGCCAUCGGCCAUUGGUGUCUUAUCAUCCAAUGAAUUUGUAGCAUUGGGGAAAUACUAUAAUUCACCACAUGUCUCAUCUGCGUUGUCAGUGGAGAUCAGGGCAUUCUGUGAGCUUAGUCGAAUGCUAAGCAGUAGAGAGGUAUCUUCAAAUGUCGUGGGAUGAGCCAUUCGGUGAGUGACUCGCUUCUUGUUCAUGCACAUAUACUAACAUCUCGUAAAUAUAUCCUUCCAACCCGUGCGUGGUGUUCAACCUUACAUCACACUCGUGGUUUCCGUUAUACAUGCUUGCGACCAUCAAAACAGCGCACUGUUUGAUACUGCGAAGUCGCUUGACACACGGAUGCAGGCCACGCACAAUUUGCCAAAUACGUGGCGAGCAAGAAAGUCCCACCUGAACGAUCCUGUAGAGCAUUUUCAGUUGAUUCUGGACCAGUGUCCGGUCAGCCAUCCCGACCACGCGACGGCUCUCACCAACCUUGCGUAUGCGCGCCUUCAAGGGUAUAUUCGCACUUCAAACAUCGACUUCACCACUUUCCUCUGCCGCGAUACCCUUGCAUUGCGUCGCAGGACCGUCAAUUUGCUCGUGCUCAGUUUACUAGAUUUGGGCUGCUCCAGUUUCGUUUCUGGUUUGCAAGUCAAAGAAUGGUGUGCGUGCGUCCCAGACAAAACAAGCCGAGGCUUCAAGGAAGGACUCUGGAAACUCGGGUCUGGCAACAAUCCUGUCUCGAGGAAAGGGAUGAUAUCGGCGAGUGUGGCGCAAUUGCAAAGCUUGACCAGAAUCCAGAUAACGAUUAUGAACACUAAACAUCGACAAGUUCCUAUCGAGCCACAUUGGAUAGCCUCAAUAUGUAGCUAGCGCCUUGAGUUCAUAGCUUCAUUGAGCCUAUCUCUUGCUCACGUAACAUGUAAUGUCUCCGUCAAUGUAUUCUUACUUCUUGCAAAUACUAUGGGGC